CUUCUAGGAAUGCUAAAUAAACAGAUUUCAAUCAUUGGAUCGUGAAGGUCAAAAGCUAAAACGUCAUUUCAGUGUUAGGAGAAAAAACAGAUAGAAUACGAAAACUUAGUAAUUAGACAACAAAUAUAUUUAAGCCAAAAUUGCACACAAGUGUAGGAGAAAGAGAGGAUGUUAUUGCUAGGUAGUGAUAUUGAUUAAGAGUAAACUCUAUGUAAGAGGUUGUUGUUACAACGAUUGUAGAGAAUUAGAGAGAUUAGAGAAGAGACGUGGACGAUGACAUCUAGAUAAAUGCCUGGAAUUGCAAAGAGUUGUACGUCAUAUUAUUAAGCAGGUCCAUGGGAAAUUGAGCUGGUUUAAGAAUUAAAAAGGAAAAUUAUGACGUCUGAUAAAGUAUCUUCGCGCUGGGGAUAACAAAAAGUCAGAUGUUGUUGUAAAAACAAUUGCCUUACUUUUGAACAAUUCAUAUUACUAUGCGCUACAUAUUUUAUAAUAAACGCUUAAACUUGAACCGAAUAAAAGUCGCGGUUCUCCAAUACACUUUCCAACACUUAUCAUCACUUGACAGCGAUAAACAACAACAACAACGACAAUAAUAACAACCACAAAGUUUGAUAUAAACUUUAUGCGCUAAUAUUAAUGAAAACAUUAGUAGUUAAGCGUGCGAAGAGACAUUUUGCAAAAUAGGGCUGGAGUUUUGGUUCCAAGUGUGCUUUAAGUAUUAAUUGUUCACUUUACAGAAAACGAUUGUGUAAAAAUAUUAUUGACACAAUCGUUUAAGCGUACUGCUAUGGAACUAUCAUCAGACUCUGAAAUUCGUAAACGUGUUGGCUUGAUUCAAUAUGGGCACAGUGAAGGGAUCAAUAAAGCAGUUGACGAGCAUGUCAACUCACGUUCUUUAAAAAACGGUCACAAAAAGCAUAAUAUACCUAUGACAAUGUCUGAAACAACUACUACUACUACUGGAACGUCAGCAGCACAGUUAAUAACGCCUCUAGAGAAAUCGUAUCGUAAUGGCAUUAAACGAAGUCUAAGUGAAAGUUCUGCUGAUGAGUAUCAGAGAAGUUGUAAAGAAAAUAAUUCUAGCGGUUAUAAUAGUAAAAUGUGGCAAAAUGAACUGUUGGUCAAUGCUAGUAGCACGCUACCACAACCACAACGUAAGAAGGACGUUUUGGAUCCGGCUGAACGUGAUAAUAAAUAUCGCCGUAUAAGUAAUUUUAUCGAUAUAGCCAUCAGAGUAGCUAUAGUUAUAUCAUUUAUCAAAUUGGAAUUAACAGUACCGUUUAAAAGAAAAAUUCACUUAGAAGAGCUAUGGCUUUACAAAAAUCCUCGUAUGCCUGAUAUUGUUGCGCCCCUCACUCUGAUAGUAGCAGUUAUAUUUGGACCAUUUUGUACUACACUUUUACGUUUAUUAAUAUCAAAAGAUCGACGCGAUUUUCGUGCCGCAAGCUGGGCAUGGACGUUGGCUUUAUGUUUAAACGGUGUUAUAACAAGUUUAUUAAAAAUUACCGUAGGCCGACCUAGACCAGACUUUUAUUAUCGUUGCUUUCCCGAUGGUAAAAUGGUGUUUAACAAUCUGAAUGCAACCACAGAUAAUACAAUUGAUAUAUACAACUGUACUGGAAAUAUAAGAGACAUAAAUGAAGGUUUUAAAAGUUUUCCCAGUGGACAUUCAUCGUUUGCUUUCGCUAGUUUUGCGUUUAUAACAUUUUAUGUUGGAGCUAAGUUGCAUGCAUUUGACAGUAGGGGCCGAGGUCAAACGUGGCGUUUAUGUUGUGUUUUGACACCGCUUAUAUUAGCUGGCCUGAUUGCUAUUAGUCGCACUUGUGACUAUCAUCAUCAUUGGCAGGAUAUUGUAGUUGGUGGUUUUAUUGGAUUUUUCACAAGUUACUGGGCAUAUAGACAAUACUAUCCUUCAGUGUUUUCAAUAAAUUGUCAAAGAUCUUAUAAUAGAUAUAAUUCAUUCCAUUCACUUAGAAAAACCAAAUCUUUUAACAAGUUAUAUACAGACAGCGUAGAUGCUGCAAGUGAUACUAGUGAUGAUUUUGAUGUUGGUACUAAAAUAGAGAGGCAUCCAUUAAUAAUAAGCGAAAAACGCAGUCAUAAAAAAAUUUAAUUUUUUUAAGCUGAUUAACAUUAUCCUAUGCACAUACAGAAGUAGAAUAUUAAAACACAGCAGUGCUGUAGAAAGACGUAUUUCAUAGCUUAAUUUUAAGAUAAUUAAUUCUUAAUUUUAUAAAUAAGAAAUAUAACAGAAAGCUAAUGAAGACUAAUUUUAAAAUUAUGCGACUGGAAAAUGAAUGAAAUGAGUAUUGUGUGCAUAUUUAACGAACUUUGAAAAUAGUUUAAAUUAUAAAAAAUUAUUCUAAAAAGAAAACUGACGACGGUUCUAGAAAAUAAGUUAUUUCUCCAUCACUUGAUGUGAAGUACUGCUUAUAUAUGCAUGCAAGUGCAUUUCAAAUCUUUCGACAUAGUUAAUCGUUGUUAAUUAGCAAGCUUAUUAGUUGUUUUCAAUUUGUCCUUAAGAUUAGUCAAUUAUUUAUUUAAUAAAUGUAAAUAAAUAGUUUAGUAAGUAUGUACUUUGUAGAAUAAUUGCAGUAGAUACAUUGCAUCUUUACUAUUAAAUGAAAUUAAUUUAAAUAUUGUCUAUAAUAAAUUGUGUCCAUUUAGAUUAGUUAUCAAUACGACUAUAAAAUUAUACACAGAAAAAAUUCUUAAUUCCUUUAAUUGAUUAAGUUA